CCUCCCUCUCUCUCUCUCCCUCUCCACCUCUUCCUCCCUUCGUCCCUCUCUCCUCCCUCUCUCUCUCCCUCUCCACCUCUUCCUCCCUCUCUCCUCCCUUUCCCUCCCUCUCCCUCUCUCUGUGUGUGACCCUGUUGCUCGUGUUUAUUUAUUGGUUUUUGUUUUGCUCCGGACUCUGGGAUUUUCACCGCCGGUCCCUGGGUUUGAUCCUGCCGCAGGAGGAAGGGGGACACAUGGCCAAGGAGUCGGUGCAGGUCCCGGACGAUGGGGACUUCAGGACGUUCCGGGAGGAGUGUCACUCGGAGACCGGCUGGACCCUGAAAUACGACAAGUCCGGGAUCAGGGUCUGGGUGCAGAUGACUGAAGAAGGCAGAGCCCUGCACAGGAUUAAGUGCAGGAUGUUCUGCAAAGAUAUCUGCUCUGAGACCCUCUACGAUGUUCUCCAUGAUGCAGAGUAUCGCAGGAAAUGGGACGAGAACAUGAUCGAGACGUUUGACAUUGGCAAGCUGACGGUUAAUGCAGAUGUCGGGUACUACGCCUGGAGAUGUCCGAAGCCACUGAAGAACCGGGAUGUGGUCACACUGAGGUCUUGGCUUCCAAUGGGGAGUGACUACAUCAUCAUGAACUACUCAGUCAAACAUUCGAAAUGCCCCCCUAAGAAGGAGCGGGUUCGGGCGGUUUCAGUUCAGACCGGAUACCUGGUAGAAACCAGCAGUGCCAACAGCUGUACCCUCACUUACCUGGCACAGGUGGACCCUAAAGGCUCGUUACCAAAGUGGGUGGUAAAUCAGUCGUGGCAGAUCUUAGCUCCCAAAGCGAUGAAGAAGAUGUACAAAGCUUGUCUGAAGUACCCAGACUGGAAACAGAAGCAUGCUCCAGCCUACAAACCCUGGCUGCACCCAGAACAGAGCCCCCUCCUCACCAUCCAGCUCUCUGAGCUCGCCAUCCAACAUGCCGACUCCCUGGAAAACAUUGACGAGAGUGGAAUUCCCGAGACCAGGGAUGACAAGGCUGAUGCCAGUGAUGAAGACAGUGUGAACUGAAGAAGCAGUCUCCCUGCCGACAAUCCUCAUGUGCCAUGUACCCAAUAAAAUGUACCGUUUUCUUUA